ACAACACCCCAACACAAAGUCCGCAACAAACGAAUUGAAUUGUGAUGAAUAAAAAAAAAACAAAAUCACUUAAAAAGUUGUAAAUAAGUGGGGGAAAAACAAUCUUUUACUAGUAGAUACGAUACGAGCUACAAUGACGACUUUAACGAUGAUAGAUAGAAUGUGUGGUAGGGCGUAUAUGUUGGUUUAUAUCGCGUGUGUGUGUAGGUUAGUGUACAUAAACGAGCCUUCUUUUUUUUGUGUUCAAUGAGAUUUGCUGCUGCUGUUGACUGUGUUUGAUGUUGUUGUUGGCAGCUAAAGCAAAACUUAACUUGUUAAUAUGAAAUACAAAAGUGUUUUCAUUCGUUUGUUGAUUGUCCAACGGAACGGUUGUUAAAAAGCGCUAUUUAGACGCUGAUUAUUAAUAAAAAAUAAAAUAAAUAUUUUAAAAAGUAAUUUUAUUAAACAAAAAGUGCAAGAAAAUUUAUUCAAACAAAAUUUUAAUUAAAAUAAAAACAAGAAAAACUUAAUGUUAAAAAGAAAAAUUAAAAGAGUUUUAAAUGAAUAUUAAACAAAAGUGAUUUGUUUUGAAAAAAUCAAGUGAAAUUUUAUAAAAAGGAUUAUUUGAAACCCAAAAAAACCAAGGAUUAUUUUAUUAAAAAAAAUUUAAAUUUACAAAAAAUAAAAAUCAUUUACACAAAAUGGAUAUAACAUUAUUACCCUCACCACCAGCUACACCGCCAUUGUGCGAAAAUAAAAUUGAAAAUUGUCAUCCACCAAACUGUCCACAAUUAGAUGACAAAUUGCUAAAAGCCAAAUUACAAUUACAAUUGGAGCAACAACAGCAUCAGCAGCAGCAACAGCAUAGUAAAAACAAAAUUUGCUGCUCUUCCUCCUCCGCACAACAGAAUGGUAUUAUUACACCACAGCCCUCAGAUACAGAAGAUGAUGGUAUGGACAGUUGUUGUGUACAGCCAGCAAUGAAAAAACAAAAAUUGGAUAUAACAGCAACACAGCAACAACAACAGCAUCAACAGCAACAGAGAGCCAGUGUUAUUAUGCAUGUCAACAGUUCGGGCAUAUGCUCAACUUUAGAUGAAAAUUCCUGCUCUUCUACCAUUUCUACAUUAUCACAAACUCCCUCUAUUAACUCUUCCGUCUCUAGCUGUUCAUUAACCUCAUCAUCAUACAAUACCGAUGAUGAUAGUUCUCAGACAAAUGUUUGGCGUAGUUUGAAAUAUAAACUAAAUCGCAAAAGAACCGCCACUGAGACAACAGAAGCUUCAGAUUGUGAAUCGCUAACAGCAGUUAAUAGCCCUCAAGUAUUAGACACCAAAGUUGAUGAUUAUCAAGUUGUUAAGCAAGAGCAAGAUGAGGAGAGAUUAGCCGCAACAACAGCCGCAAAUGUGCAAAUGUUGCAGGUGCCUCAAUUUCGUUUUACUUUACCAGCUUGCACCUCCGCCAAAGUAAACAACACAAAUGACUGUCUUAACAGUAGCAGCAGCAGCAGUAAGAAGUAUCAAGUUAUUGCUCCUAAGACUAAUUUCUUAGCUGCUGAGUCUAGCAGCAAUAGUCUUUUAGCACCACAAUUCCUGCUUUUAGAUCCUAAUAUGUUGUUGCAAACUUUAACCUCCAAUCGCCCCGCCAUUACUGUUACAACUCCUAAUAACAGCAAUAGUAAUAACACCAGCUCUAAAGCCUGCACCAGCACAUCAAAUUCCUCCUCCGCCGCCGCCUCUUCAACCUCAGCCACACCCGCCGUCGAACGUAAACGCAUUUAUGAAUGUAAUCAUCCGGAUUGUGGUAAAAACUAUUUCAAAUCCAGCCACUUAAAAGCCCAUCAAAGAGUUCACACCGGCGAGAGACCCUUCAUUUGUAAAUGGGAGAAUUGUGAUAAACGUUUUUCACGUUCCGAUGAGUUGUCACGACACAAACGUACUCAUACGGGAGAGAAAAAGUUUGUUUGCAGUGUUUGCGAUAAGAAAUUUAUGCGCAGUGAUCAUUUGUCCAAACAUGUUAAAAGACAUGCUUCCAAACGUCAAGAAGUGGGACGUCAAUUGGCCAACAACAAUGCCAGCAAUCCUUUGACAACAUUAUUGGAAGCUCCUAAUCAGCUUAAUGGACAAAUGUUGCAACAUUUAAGACCCAUAGCAUCUGCCAAUACCAGUGAAAAUUUAGUACAAAAUAACAACCAAAUAUCACAAUUGCAAGUGCAAAUAUGCAGUGCCACGGAUUUGUUAAAUUUACAACAGGUGGCAAGUUUUGCUAAUCUAAUACCACAGACAGCGGCAGUAACGCUGCAGCAGUAAUUUGCCAAGAACAAAAUCUCAUUUUUAAAAUAUAAAAAAACACUCACAAGCAAAAUAGGGCUUAAAAUUUCAACAAAAAAAAUAAUUGUCCAUUCCACUUUAAAAAAAAAGAACCCUCUUAUUAAAGCCAAAUCCUUUAAAUUUUCAA